CUUCGACCGACGCAGUUGGAAGUGAGUAGUGAGUGAAAUAACAGCGGCCGCCGUGCGGUUAAGGGAACGGCGAACGAGUGAUAGGCGGAUCUCUGGUCGCUGCGGCGGCCGCGGUUUUGAGCAGAUCCGCUGCUGUGUCCGGUCUAACGGUUUGACAUCAUGGAAUACGGCAAAAGAAUUGCAAGGAGCUGCUUCAUAGGGUUCUUGUGUCUUGUACUGGCAGGCAGGCAACACCUGUUUUCAACUCGUGCUCAAGCUCAUCCACCACAUGAUUCUGAAAUCACCGAGGGUCAUCGACCAAACAUUCGUCUAGAUAAGAACCUUGUUCAAGACAAAGAUCAUAUAAUGGAGCAUUUAGAUGGUGUGAUAGACAAACCAGAAUCUGAGAUGACACCACAAGAACUUCAACUUCAUUACUUUAAAAUGCAUGAUUAUGAUGGGAAUAACCUACUUGAUGGAUUGGAAUUAAUUUCAGCCAUUACACAUGUACACAAAGAGGAAAGUGGUGGCCAAGGGCAGCCCAUGGGUGAGGAGGAAAUCGUUAGUUUAAUUGAUGAUGUUUUAAGAGAUGAUGACAAAAAUAAUGAUGGAUACAUUGAUUAUGCUGAGUUUGCAAAAUCACUAGAAUAAAAAGAUGCACAAACAAUUGAUUUAUAUUUUCCAUUUUCUGACAGCCAUUGUGAGGUUUUUUAAUUUGGUAAAGGUCAAUUAACUUUAUUGUCUAAACAGCUGAGCCAAUCAUAGUUUACCAGCCUCUCUGAACCAGAAGGUAUUAAUUUUUUUGUACAGAAUUGUAAACUCAAUUUUUAAAUUUCACUGGAUACAUAAAUAUUUUUGUGCAAUUUGAAAAUGAAAUGUGUAAAGGACUGUGUUAAGCUUGCUAUCCUAAUUGCAAUAUUUUGUGACAUUUUGCAUCGGAGUCACUUAUUCAGUAAAUAAAACUGUGUAAUGAAUGAAAUAUUGACAUGAAAAGUGUAACAAUCAUUCUUUUCUCACUUUUUGUUAGAAGUUAAAUAGUAGAUAGAAUUGAUCCUUAGCCAUAAGUGCAACUCCAGUGGAUUGGAAGAUAAGUUUUUAAAUCUUCAUUUUAACAUUUUGCAGGUCAUGGAAAAACAGUUUAAAUAUGGGUGACCAAUUACUUAUUUUGUUUUUACCAAUUUUGAUUUUUGGGUAGAAUACCAGAGUAUGUAUGAAAUAAAGCAUUCUACAUAUUGAACAUUUAAUUUAGAAGCUUGCUUAUGUAAAGUUGUAAUUGAGAAACCUUUUUCUAUUACUCUACUCUUUUAAACCAUUCUGGGGGUAGCAGUGGAAUACUUCUAGUAUGCCAUUUGAUAUGGUAAUUUAUAUUUGCACUGAUAUUCUUCACAUUUAUUUCUUAGUUUCUGUUGUGCUGUAUAAAUGCACAUAAUGGAGAUUUAUAUGCUUACUGAAGCAUAAUGAACCAGUUCUGUGGUAAUUUGGAUAAAAAUAUUGGGUUUUUUGAUUUAUGAAAGCCUAUAUUGGAGCUUCCUGUCGCAUUUAAGUGCGUUUAUACAUUUUAAGAUCUGGCUUAUUGAAAAGACAGUUUCAUUAAAAUAUGCUGCAAGUUAUUCAUUGUCAAAGGAAUUAUCUUAAACUUCAACAAAGAACAUUUCGACUAGUACAGGGAGAACAUUUUGGUCUCAAAAUUACUCUAUUUAUAUUUCAAUGUACAUGUGUUACUAUAGUGUUCUCUAUUACAACAAGUAUUAAAUUAAUUAAAAUGAACAAACCA